GAAAGUGAAAGUCUGACUAUCUAUAUAGAUAGUAAAAAACUACCACUAGCAAGAUAACAUGGCUAAUACGUUUUCAGAAGAGGAUUUCUCCUGUCCUGUGUGCUUUGAAAUCUUUAAGGAUCCUGUUCUCCUGCAGUGCAGUCACAGUGUGUGUAAAGCAUGUCUUGACCAGUACUGGGAAACCAAAGGAUCUAAAGAAUGUCCUGUUUGCAGGAAAAAGUCGCCAACAGGUGAUCUAGCCAUGAACUUCGCUUUAAGAAACUUGUGUGAGACUUUCUUACAGGAGAGAAAUCAGACAUCUUCAGCAGCGUGUGAAACAGUCUGCAGUCUGCACAGCGAGGAACUCAAACUCUUCUGUCUGGAUGAUCAAGAGCUGGUGUGUGUGGUGUGUCAGACAUCAAGAAAACACACUGACCACAAAGUCUGCCCCAUUGAAGAUGCAGUUACAGACUGUAAGUCUCUUCCUAUGGUCAUCUCAGUGAGAUUUUUCUUGCCGGCUUGCCAUCAUGUCUUCAUGGAGUGUGCUGACUUGUUCCAGGAGGACAUCAGUGCUAAACUAAAGCUCCUACAGGAAAACCUGGAGAUCUUUCAUGACUGUAAACUAAACUGGAGUCUGACUGCCGACCACAUUAAGAUCCAGUCUCAACACACUGAGCAGCGGAUUAAGGAGGAGUUUGAGAAGCUUCACCAGUUUCUACGAGAUGAAGAAGCAGCUAGGAUCGCUGCACUGAGAGAGGAAGAGGAGCAGAAGAGUCAGAUAAUGAAGGAGGAGAUUGAGAAGCUGAGCACAGACAUAUCAUCUCUUUCAGACACAAUCAGAGACAUAGAAGAGGAGAUGAGAGCUGAAGAUGUCUCGUUUUUACAAAACUACAAGUCCACAGUGAAAAGAGCCCAGUGUACACUGCAGCAUCCAGAGGAGCUUUCAGGAGCACUGAUCCAUGUGGCAAAACAUAUGGCCAACCUGAAGUUUAGAGUCUGGGAGAAGAUACAGCACAAAGUCCAAUACAUGCCUGUUACACUGGACCCAAACACUGCUAAUCCUUUUCUCAAUGUAUCUGAUGAUCUGACCAGUGUGACAGUCAGGAAAAUGGAACAGAAGCUGCCAGACAAUCCAGAGAGACUAGAUGCUUGCUUAUGCAUCCUGGGCUCUGAGGGGUUUAACUCAGGGACGCACUGGUGGGAGGUUGAAGUUGGAGAUUGUUCAGCCUGGUCACUGGGUGUGAUGACAGAAUCUGCUCAGAGGAAGGGAGAGAUAAACUCCAGAAGUGGUCUCUGGUAUAUGUGGUAUUAUGAUGGUCAAUAUGGAGGAGGUCCUACACCCCAACCACAUAGUCUCUUCUCCUUGGAAGAGAAGCUUCAGAGGAUCAAAGUGCAACUGGACUGGGACAGAGGAAAACUGUCAUUUUCUGACCCUCUUACUGGCACACAUAUACACAGUUUCUCAGACACAUUUACAGACAAAUUACUUCCAUAUUUGGCUGUUGGUUCUGAAGAAUCUUCUGUGAAGCUCCUUCCUAUUCAGAACUAUGGAGAGUAGACCACUUUGGGUAUAUGUAAGCUCAGGCAGUGGGUAUUUAUUUAAAGCCUGAACUGUUUUUACCCAAAUUUAAAAUAGGGAUCUUACAUGUUUUGGCUAACACACAUUAUGUUUAAUUACAUAAAUCAUGCAAAUUUAUGGUGUCAAACCACAUACCUUCUACAGACUGUAGAUUUGUUGGGUACAAAUGUUCAUAUUCACUUGAAUCACUGUCAAAUGUCUGAAUCACUCCACUUCAUCGAACAGUAAUUUGUAGUCAAAUUCAAAAACACAUAUGGCACAAGUUUUGUUAAGCAUACGUUUUCACAUAUGAUCUAAAACUGUAAUGAGGGGAGUCAAGAUUGACAAGAGUUAGCUUUUCUCUCGCUAAAUAGGUAAAAAAAAAAAAAAAAAAAAAAAAUAUAUAUAUAUAUAUAUAUAUAUAUAUAUAUAUGUUAUUAAAAAUCACUUUGACCCAGGCUUCGUCUGAACUGCUACUCACUGCUGAAACAUGGGCCAAAGCUAUUGGCACAACUGGAUCAGGUCAGCAAAGAUCAGUCUCUGAUUAUUGUGUUUUUCCCCCCUUUAUAUGGUACUCAGGUGGGUUUGGAGCUCAGCUGCAGGUUUCCUGUCACAUGUGCUAUGAAGCACCUGAAGAGGUGGAUGCCUGAAUAGUGCAUUGAACUGAAGAAAAACACAGAAGGAGAAUAGGAAGAUGAUUAUAGAGCACAAAUUACAUUGCAACCUAAGCACAAUAUCAUAAAUAUGGACACCCUUUUUCAUGCAGCCUCAAAUUUAACAAUAUCUAAGUCAUAAUCAAAUUAGUGGUCUGAAUUUGAAUUUAGUGCAUUAUUUGACAGGUAGUACUAUUGGUAUAUGUCUAAGUAUAAGCAGAUUCUUUGAUACUUUUUUAUUUUUUUAAUAAAAUAAGAAUAAAAGAUAUGAUUCUAA